AUGAUCCCCGCCAGCAAGGAAAACGCCUGUGAUGACUACUUGACCAGCCUCGCCAAGGACAUGAUGCUGCCCUACGUCUACGACCUCCCGCAACCUUACGUCAACCGUACGCUCCUGUCGAUGGAGCUGGCCGAGAUGGCGGGCGGCCGAAAGCACCUUGGCAAACAGGAGGUGCAGCAUAUCGUCGGCAAGGUCUACGAGGAUGCGGAUGUCACGCGAGUCUACGAGGACUUGAAGGGCAUGGUCUAUGAUGACACGGUGGACGCCUUCCCACGGGACAAGGGGCGGUUCGAAACGAUCUGGGUCGGCAACCUCGAGGAGUCGGAGGCGACCGAGUACGUCGGCAAGUUCCAGGCCGACACAUCGGUGAUGAUGGACAUGGGAACCGGCUUGAAGGAGCUGGGCGAACCGCUGGCUUUAUUCUAUUUGAGGGAUGUGUUCCACAUCGUCAGGGCCUUCAGCGAGGUCUUCUACUUCGACAGGAAGCGGCAUGCCUUCGUUUUCGUCAGUCCGCUUCACCGGGUCGCCUUCCAGGAGCAGAUGACCCAGCGCAGCGAGUUGUGA